AUGCAGACCUCCAGGCUCGAGCUGGUCCGGCUGUCCAGCGGCCACCUUGAAGGAUUCCACGCGAUAUGGUCAAACCCUCACGCCGCCCGCUGGAGCAGCAGAGGGCCCUGCAAGACGAUAGAAGACAGCCGGGAAUGGAUGUCGGCCCUGCUGGUCGAGAACAGCCCCAUGGCUGAAAAGUACGCUAUCUUUCUUCGCUCCGACCUCCCUGCCUCUGAGCUGGAGGAGAUCCAGCGAGACGCGCCAGACGACUCGCCCUUGCGGACCUGUGGGAUGAUCGGCUCCAUGGGGAGCUGGAGCGCGGACCCAGUGCCAGAGCUGGGAUAUAUCUUCCAUCAGUCGGCGUGGGGACGCGGUUUUGCGACUGAAGCCCUGUCGGCGUUUCUGCAGGUUUUCUGGGCCAACAAGCCGCAGUUUGAUACUCUCGAGGCGUAUAGUGAUCCGGAGAACAUGGGCUCGGUCAAGGUCCUCGUCAAGUGCGGGUUUAUCGAGGUCGAGAGGCAGAGUGGAAAUUAUGAGCUGCCGUGGAUGACGCCCCCGAAGCGCGACCUCAUACGAUUCCGAGUGACGAGAAAACAGCCGCCGAAUUAA